CAGAAUCCCACCACAACACGAGCACCACUGCUUUGGUCGAUCGUCUUCCUCCCUCGUUUUUCCCCCAACCACGCACCUCCGAAUCCGCAGCGCGAAUUUCAAAGCUACCACCCCCUCCCCCACCCCCCGCGGACUCCGAUCUCCCGCUCUCCUCUGCCCCUUCUUCGGUUAGGGUUUCGAGCCUUCCGCGCCCAGCCCGGCAUGAGGGUGCACCCGGCGCCGCGGAAGCGCACCAUCGCGGUGCAGCGCUGCGGGGCAGCGGCGGCGGCCGCCGGGGGGAAGAAGCUGCGGCGGCUCCCGCACAUCUUCGCCAAGGUGUUGGAGCUCCCCUUCGCGGCCGACGCCGACGUGGCCGUGGAGGAGGACGCCGCGGCGCUCCGCUUCGUGGCCGCCGCGGACGGGUUCACCCCCUCGGGGGCCACCGCCCACGCCGUCGAGAUCCACCCGGGGGUCACCAAGGUCGUCGUGCGGGACCUCUCCGCUGGGCUCGGCGGCGCCGGAGACGACGACUGCGCCGCCGCGUUCGAGCUCGACCGGUGGCGCUUCCGCCUCCCUCCCUGCACGCUCCCCGCCAUGGCCACCGCCACCUACGCCGACGGCGAGCUCGUCGUCACCGUCCCCAAGGGCGCCGCCUCCCCUGACGACGCCGGCCGCGGCGACGGAGCCGCCUCCGUGCUUGGAGGCGCCGGCGUCGGGAGCGUCCUGCUGCUUGUAUAGUAUACUGAAGCAUCCAUAUGAAGGUCUAGGAUCUCUCCCCUUUUCCUUUUCCCCUUGACACUUUCUCUACGAAGCGAAAGCGAGACAAUGUCUGGUUAUCUUUACUUCCUUUUCCCUAUGGCCCUAAACAAUAUUGAUAUUUCUCUCAUUUGUAUUAUAAACUAGAGACUCCGUAAGUGUAAAUAUGUCCUCUUCUGAGAAGAAAGUGAUGGGUUCUAUUUUCUUAGUCACUGCAGAUGCUGAGAGAAUCUUAGUU